GCAGCGUGCACCUCGUUCUCGGAUGCCGGGUAGUAUGCUCCCACUAAGUACUACUACUACAAACUAGCACACAGCAUGCACAAGCCAGGGCGCCUGCAUGCUGCAGCUGCUGUGCUGCGCAACCUCAACUUGCUCCGAGCAUGGAGGAAUUCUAAAAAGAUCAAGAAAUUUCCUUUUUUAUAGCUCCAUGAAAGUUGUAAGCGUCAGCGAUGGCAAGUCGAGUUGUUAUUGUUCCUGGAAAUGGAUGCGGAGAAGUUGAAAAGUGCAACUGGUAUGCGUGGGCUCGUGAUGAAAUAAAUAAGGUGGAAGGCAUGGAGUGUGUUUUAAAAAAUAUGCCAGACCCAGUGAUGGCCAGAGAAAGUAUAUGGAUUCCCUUCAUGCAUGAUGAGCUGUGUUGUGAUGAGAAGACCAUAAUUGUCGGCCACAGCAGUGGGGCAGUUGCAGCCAUGAGAUAUGCCGAGAAAUACAAAGUUCAUGGUAUAAUUUUGGUGUCCCCUUGCGUUACUGACCUGGGCAUGGAGAGUGAAAGAGUGAGUGGGUACUACAGUCGGCCCUGGGAAUGGGAACUGAUGAAGAUGAACUCCCAGUUUGUCGCCCUCUAUGGUUCCACGGAUGACCCGUUCAUCUCCUGGACAGAGAUGCAGGUCGUCAUUGACAACCUCAACCCUGAUUGCCACAAGUUUGACGACAGAGGGCACUUCAUGACAAGCGUGUUUCCUGAUCUCAUAGCCACUAUCCAAAAACUUCUGAAACAUUGAUGAACAUUGCAACAUUGACUCAUUAAUGUGAAACUGCCAUUGAAGGAACAGUACGUUUAUUUGAAGUGAGAGUUCCUUGUAUUCAUUAUAUUUAUGUUUAUCUGGAUAUAUGUGACAAGUUGUAGGCAUUUGACAAACCCAGGGAUAACAGUUUUUUAGCUAUAGCCAGAAUUGAGGCUUUUCCAUGUUUUGGAAAGAAAACAAAUCUGGCAUUCCAUCGCUUCGUAGGCUUAAAAAUAAACUUGCCUAUUGCUGCACAGAGAAAUUGUUUUUAAAUAUAGAAAUCUGGCUACAUGUUGUCAUUCAGCAAAUCAGAAAGUUUGUAGUGCAUUGUUUGAUGGUCGCUCCUGAGCCAAUAAGAGAAUUGGUUACACGCUACAUGUCAGCAUGCUAGACUCAUAACGAGCACACUCGAUCAAGUGUAGGUUUUCUGCAUAGAGUACAUUAGAUUUUACUAACAUUUUGUAUAAAUUUA